CAGUUGGUACUGUUUAGACACAACAGGACCGUGACACCCGCUCGCGCUGUCGCGCUCUUUCCAGCUCUUUCCAUUGCUCGUCAGGCGUAAUUUCACAGCUGUGUUCUUUGCCGCGUUCACAUUGGUCAACACCAGCCAUCCUCAUGGCAAGACCUCGCAGUGACAACCCGGUGCAGGUUGCCAACAUUUAUGCACCAGGAUACGCCCCACAGGUUCGCGCUCCCGCCGGUCGACUACCGUACAAUCCAUCUGCAAGGCCCGCGGGAGCUAUGCUAAAGGUCCCACCUUCUCAGUAUUCAACAACUAGCACAAAAUCAUCAAGUUCACGCCGGACAAAAGACAGCGAUACUGGGAAGGAAUUAUCUUCGACAAUCAUCCUAGAUAUCCACCCCUACUUACUGGUGCCUUUGCAGGUGUUCAACUGCAUCCUCAUGAUAGUUUCGGGUGCUGUGUUCUGCGGAGCCCUCUAUGUUGCUCUUUCACGAGAACCAUCCCCAACCGCUUCGUCCCGCACCUACUUCGUCAUGAUCCUUCUGCAUCUGGACAUCGUGGUACUCAUUAUGUCCUUCCUAAUUUUUGCACUGGGUACCCUGGGCCUGGUCGGGGCUCUCCGGCAGAACACCACGCUCCUCUACAUCUACAACCGCAUCUUGUUCGCGGUCGUCAUCCUUGGAGCGCUCCUCGUUGUAGCCGUUGCCUUCUUGCCUAACGUUGCUAGGCAGUACGUCAAGACACACGUGACGGAAGACUACAUAACGAACUACAGGGAGGAUCCAGAUUUCCAGAAGGUGGUAGACGAUCUGCAGCAGGGCUUCAAGUGCUGUGGCCUCACUGAGAGCUCCUAUCGAGACUGGAACGCCAACCCAUAUUUCCGUUGCACUGUUGAUAACCCCAGCAUGGAGCGUUGCAGUGUUCCAUUCUCUUGCUGCCGCCAGAAUAUUACUGCGACAUCGGGGAAGCUCUGUGGACAAGGAGUGCUUCUGCUUACUGAACAGGACGCGUGGAAGGUGAUCCACACCACGGGAUGUGCAGACGCAGUGUACUACUUUGUGUACAGCAACCUCCUCACCAUCGUCUGCUGCUUCGUCCUGUUAGACUUGACUCUCAUUGUCCUGCACAGCGUGUCAAUCAAUGUCUACAAACAACUGAGGUCUCUUCAGCGCAUCUACAAUCGGUACUACAAGACCGUGUACGAGGGACAAGCCCGCAUGGCACGACGCUACCAGGAGCUGCGGGAGAUGGAGGAAGCUGGGCUUCAGAAGGAUCCGGUCCUGAUACUCAAAGGCGUGUACGCGAAACAGAGGAAGAUGACGUCUAAACGAGGUCCAGAUUUAGUGCGACAGUCACCUGUUCCAAGAUACGUGGCACUACAACGACCUACAGGGCCGGCAAGACAAGGCGGUCCUUAUGCCAAUUAUUAUGCUGUGCACAGAGAUCGAUAGUUCUGGAGAAAUCCUUGUCAAAUUACUAAUGUCACGCGUACGCGUGGUAAUGAAUCUUUAGUCACAACGUAUCUCUUCGGAACUAUUCAGAAUACAAUUUGAGCUCUUGACCUGUGUGUGCGAUGUGUUCUACUACUACGUCAAAAAAACACGAACCCCAGGAAUUUUGACGAAAUUUCCCCGUAAAAUUCCUUCUGCUGUAAAAUACCGGUAUUGCCUUUCAACCGGCAAGAGAAGCAAAAUAACCGGCCUUGCCAGUGAAAUACCUGCCACGUGGCAACCUUACGCUCGUCCAAAACGGCACAUGAAAUUUCUUCAGUGUCUGCCACAAAGACGAUUCCAUGCCGAAAACUAUUGUCCCAACACGUCUUUUACGGUUGAAUGCGUGACACUAUAUCAU